AUGGAAUGGCUCGGUGCGCCUUUCGGGUUGUUGAAUGGUACAUCCGCUUUGGCAAGAUGGCUGUAUUUGCAUGUGAUCGACCUGGAAGGCGUAGCAGUCUACGUUGAUGAUAUCGUCAUUCAUGCAGACGAUGAAACGACCCUACUGAAAUACUUUGAGGCAAUGAUGAAACGACUCCAUGAAAUAGGAGCCUAUAUCAAUGCCACUAAAUGUAAAUUUGGAGUUGAUGAAAUUGAGUUCCUUGGAUUCAAUAUCAAAGGUGGACGACUGACCCCACCAAGAGAAUCGAUCAAAGCCAUCAAUGCAAUUAAACUACCUCACGAUACUACUACUAUUCGUCGUUUCUUGGGUAUGGUUGGAUACUUCCGAAAUUUCAUUAAGGAUUUCGCGAAUAUCGCUGGACCAUUGUAUGAACUAUUGCAGAAAGAAGUUACUUUCAAAAUGACAGAUGAAAGGAUAUCCGCAUUUCACCUGCUGCAAAAGGCGUUAUCCGAGUGUCCCGGCCUGGCUAACCCACAUCCAUCGUGGCCAUAUGUCCUGGAUACUGAUGCUUCUACCACGGCGAUUGGUGCUUGUCUUAUACAGUUAGAUGAGAAUAACUGCCUACAUCCAGUUCGAUUCGGGUCUCGUCGUCUUACUCCUGCCGAAAGAAACUGGCCGAUCUAUGAGCUUGAAGGUUUCGCGGUAGUACAUUUCAUACUUGCAUUCAGGCCGUACCUGAUUGGUAGAACUUUCACUGUGAGAUCUGAUCACAAACCACUCCAGUGGUUGUGGAAAAUCGACAAGCCGCAUCUGGCCAGAUGGUCAAUGGCUUUGCAACAGUUUGAUUUCAAGAUUGUGUACAACCCUGGUACAGCGCAGGAACAGGUCGACAUAUUCACCAGAGAUGUUGAUUUCACUACGGCCGAUGAGUAUGUAGAUCGACAUCUCGGAAUGGUAAAUGUGGAAAAACCUGUGGAAGACCGAGCUGCACGACAACUUGAAAGACUAGUUGGUGAUGAA